CACUUGCUCUCCAUCUCUGCACACAUGCGCACAUCUGCACACUGAGAACCAGGAAGUGUGUGGAUUCAAGAAAAACGGAACCGUUAGUCGGGUUAAUAUUUGACUUUUGUUUUCUGUCAAAGCAGAGCAGUUCCUAUUUGAGGACAGACUAUCUGCAAAGAAAUGGCAGAGUCUGCAGUGAGUCAGUAUGUGGAUCAGUUCAGCUGUCCAGUCUGUUUGGAUCCUCUGAAGGAGCCGGUGACGAUUCCCUGUGGACACAGUUACUGUAUGAGCUGUAUUACUGACUGCUGGGGCCAGAAGGAGCAGGGGCCGCCGUACCGCUGUCCCCAAUGCAGAGAGAGCUUCAGUCAGAGACCUCUACUGAAGAAGAACACUCUGAUAGCUGAGAUGAUGGAGACGCUGCAGAAGACGUCCCUACAAACGGCUGCUGUGGAGUGUGAUGUUUGCACUACAGAGAAGAACAGAGCUGUAAAGUCCUGUCUGCAGUGCUUGGCCUCCUUCUGUCAAACUCACCUACAGCUUCACUAUGAAUCUCCUGCGUUUAUGAAGCACAAACUAGUCGAAGCUUCCAGAUACAUUCAGGAGAACAUCUGCCUCAGUCAUGGGAAACUUCUGGAGAUUUACUGUCAGGAUGAUCAUCAAUGCAUUUGUUGUUUGUGUACUGAUAAUCAUAAAGGACACAGUGUGGUGUCUGUGGAUUCAGAAUGGACUAGUAAAAAGAAAGAGUUGAAGGAGAUAAAGGAGGAGUGUCAGAAGCUGAUCCAGGAGCGAGAGAGAGGUCAGCAGGAUCUCAUUGAAGCUGUGAAGCUUCUUAAAAGUUCAGCUCUAGAGACCAUGGAGGACAUUGAGAAGGUCUUCACUGAGCUCAUCUGCUCUCUUGAGAAGAAACGCUCUGAGAUUAAAGAGCAGAUCAGAGCUCAGGAGAAGACUGAGAUAGAUCGAGCAGAGGAACUUCACAAACAUCUGGAUCAAGAGCUGACAGAACUCAGAAAAAGACAAGCAGAGAUUGAGAAACUUCUGAUUACUGAAGAUCAGGUCAUUUUUCUGAAGAGCUGUCAGACCGUGUCUGUUUUACCCACAUUUGAAGACGUUCCCAUCACUCAACACACUCGUCUGUAUUUUAAAGACAUUUCAAUCUCAGCAUUCAGAGAGGUUUUGGAGGACGUCUAUCAACAGCAAACAGCUAAAAUAUCACAAGAAGUGUCAAAUGUCCAUGUUGCAAAGACCCAAAAUGAUUUUUUGCAGUAUUUCUGUGAACUUCACUUGGAUCCAAACACUGCAAACAAUAAACUCAAAAUGUCUGAAGACAACAGGAAAAUAUCAUUUACAUAUAAAGACCAACAGUAUCCUGAUCACCCAGAGCGAUUUGAUAGAUAUGUGAAUGUCUUGUGUCAAGAGGGUUUGUGCGAUCGCUGUUACUGGGAGGUCGAGUGCAGUGGGGACAAUUGGGCUGUAGCAGUUUGUUACAAAGGAAUUGGACGUAAAGGAAGAAAUUAUGACUGUAGACUUGGCUCCAACAAAAAAUCCUGGAGAUUGUCCCGCUCUCAAAAGAGUGUCUAUUUCACACAUGAUAAAUCCCAAGUCUCAAUCCCUGCUGUCUGCUCCUCUAGAAUAGGAGUGUAUCUGGAUCACAGAGCAGGAACUCUGUCCUUCUACAGCGUCUCUGACACAAUGACUCUCCUUCACAGAGUCCAGACCACUUUCACUGAACCCUUAUACCCUGCUUUUUAUUCUGGACAAGUUUCAUCAGUCAGGAUCAUAGAAAAGCAGAGCUUAAAAUAUAAUCUAUCAGAAAAUAAUACAUUAAAAACUACAUAAUUGUAUUUGAGUUACAUUUACGCAUCAAACAUUGAUUUAAAUUAAACAGUAGUUCUGAAUUCUAAAAAUGUGAAUAUGUGAAACAAUUUACCUGAAGUGUAAUUUGUAGUUUGGUUGAUUAAUGUCAUGUACUUUCUUACUUAGCAGGAACUCUGUCCUUCUACAGCGUCUCUGACACAAUGACUCUCCUUCACAGAGUCCAGACCACUUUCACUGAACCCUUAUACCCUGCUUUUGGGUUGGAGAUUGUUCAUCUGUCAGGAUCAUAGAGCAGAAAAGAGACCAAUUAUAAAAAAAAGAAUUUAUAACAGAAUUACCUAAACUAUUUACAAAUGCAAAAAGUCAUUAUCUAGUGUGUGUAUAUACAGCACAAGGGAAAUUUCCACCACAUUUUCCAUGCUUCUCAAAACAUUUAAUAAAUGUUUAUGCUCUCCUUAAUCAGGAUUUAAUAAUCUAAAAAUCAACAUUUUUCGUAUUUAUUACAUCAGUUGUGAGGUUAAUAUAUAUAUAUUUUUUUUUUUUCAGACAAUUUCAUGUUUAAUAUUAAAGAUUUGUAUGUAUAUAUAUUUUUAAAUGUGUAGACAAAGUAAUUGAUUUAGAUUUGAAUGAUGGUUGUUUUUAUUUCAAAGAGAAAUAAGAGAAGAGAGAACAAAUGUGAUUUAUGUUUCUUUGAGAUUUUGUCAUUUAAUUUGUGUCAUUAUUAACUGAUUUAACUAAAUUGUGAAAAUACACAGAAUUUUUAAUUUAGCAUUUUACAUUAAAUCAUCAAAAAUGAUAUCAGAUAUGUUUUCAUAUUCUGCUAAAAUCAAAUGUCAGCUGUGAAUAAUGUCAGGUUUCUGAAUGUUGGAUAUAAAUUAUGUAGACUAUUAGUGUAGAUAAUGCAAUAUUUAGAAACAGUGCAACGAAUAAAAUGGGAAAAAACACA